AUGAAGUCCAUCAAGUCGUUUUACUAUUUCUCCAAGUUGCUCGGACUGUGCCCGUUUGCGCUGGACGGAACCGUGGUCAUGGGCAAUGCCCGGUUCAACUACGUCAAGCAGCUGCUGCCGACGUACCUGGCGCUGCUGUUCUACACCGUGUGUCUGGUCAGUAUCUUCUGGCAGAGCGGCAACACCUCGGAUAUCUCGAACGCCGCAAACUGGAUUCAGUUCAUCCCGAACUCGUUCGCGUACAUCUUCGCGCUGAUCUUCGCGAUCCGCCACCGGGCCGUUUCGAGCGAGAUUCUGGCCACCUUUUCGAUGUGCGACGAGAAGCUGCGGACCAUGUUUGGCAUCUCGUACACCAUCGCCAACAUCAAGAUGAAGCGCAUCUCGAUUCUGGCCUGCAUCGUUACCCUAACCUGUGGUGGUGCUCUGAGUGGUCUCAACUACAUGAUUGGCGUUAAUUUGGCCCGGAUUUGGACGCUGUUCUACUGGAUAUCGUUCUGCAUGCCAAAGUUUGGGCUGUUGCUGUUCAACUUCCAGUUCGCCGGCUGCAUUAUGUUCCUAUCCGAUCGAUCGGCCCUGCUGCUCAAAGGGAUGAACAACUUCCCCAACGGCUUCGAGCAGCUCCAGUUCAAGGCGAUGAACCUGUCGAACGUGCCCCAGCUUCCCCACCACCACCAGCCCCAUCAUGCCCACGACAAGAAGCUGAACCGCAUCACCACCCUCGGCACGAUCAAGAUCCGACCGAUCAGCGCGGCCGACGCAAUCCAGAACAUCCGCGAGGUGGUCGAACAUCUGCAGGAUCUGUCCAUCAAGAUCAACGACUGUUACGGCAAGCAGGCGAUCUUCUCCCUUCUGUCGGCGUUCAUCUGCGUCACCGUACAGCUGUACUACAUGCUGAACCACAUCAAGUCCGGCUUCAGCCAGUCCCGGUCGGAGAUCUACGCGUUGGCCGCCUGCAGCAUGCUGUUCCUGCACGGAGUCGAGUUCUGGUCGCUGUUCACGAGCGGAGAAAACGUGCGCGGUGAGUGGAAGAAGGUCAUCAACUAUCUGUACUUUAUGAAGUCCAAGUCCAACGAGGAGGAGUUCCGGUCCAAGGCGGACGAUCUGAUCUCCUUUAUGACCGCCAACCCGCUGGAGUUCAACGCGUACGGUCUGUUCCCAAUCGAUUUGUCCGUCAUCUCAGGGAUUGCCUCCUCGAUCACCACCUACCUAAUCGUGCUGAUUCAGUUCAAGAUCUCCGAAGACCAGGCCAACGGCGACGACAGUGACAUCAACGAUCCAAUCAACAGCAACAAGAUGCAGUUUUCGGCCUCUUAGGAGUUUGACUCACGUAAAACAAAAAAAAAAACAUGAAUGUAUUCAAUGGAGUUGCACUUUGAAAUA